AUGCAUAUCUAUACAUUCACUUCCAGACGCCUCAGAAUGAAUGCUGUGCUCACUGAGCUGGACGGCGAGGAGUUCACAGAGAAGACGAGUGGAGGUGCGGUUGACAGCGUGAGGGGGGCAAGAGGUCUGCGCAUCUACCCCUUCCGUUCUCCCCAUCUCCCACCCCAACCUCCCUCCCUUCCUCCUCCGCCUCCCGUCCCGUUAUUUCCCAACGAGGGAGUGUCAUUCCUCCGAGCAGAGGUGUGCUUUGAGGGGUCACCCGUGGACUGCAUCCACCCCGGGCGAACCUGUUGCGGAAUGCAAAGGCGCAAUUGGGAGAGAAAGGCUUGCCCAUUCGCCGUUUCUGUUCCCCCCAUCUCCCACCCUAACCCUCACAGCGUGGGAGUGGCGUUCCCCGCAGUGGAGGUGCGCUUUGAGGGGGUGAGCGCGUGCGCCAAGGUGCGAGUGGGCGCGAGGGGCGUGCCCACGCUGCCCAACCAGCUGCCCAACCAGCUGCCCAACCACGCAGGCGCGCUGCUGAGGGGUCUGCGCCUACUCAACGACCAGCGCCGCCUCUUCUUCGCGCUUGAUGCCUGCUCUGGCAUCCUCAAGCCUGCCAGGAUGACGCUGCUGCUGGGGCCGCCAGGCAGCGGCAAGUCAACGCUGCUGAGGACCCUGGCAGGGAGGGCGGAGAGGGAGCUGGGCGUGCAGGGCGAGGUGACGUACAACGGCCGCCCGGGCAGCCACUUUGUGCUGCCGCGCUCCGUGGCGUUUGUGCCUCAGACGGACUCCCACAUCGGCGAGAUGACUGUGAGGGAGACACUCGAGUUCUCCGCUCGUCUGCAGGGGCCCGGCUACAUGGCAGACCUAUGUCGGCAGCUGGAGGAGAAGGAGCGGGAGAUGGGAAUCAAGCCCGACCAUGUCAUGCAAACCGUUGUCAAGGCGAUGGGCGAUGAGGGGCGGUGGGCAGAUGUGGUGGUGCCGUACGUCCUCAAGAUGCUCGGGCUGGACGUGUGUGCUGAUACCAUGGUAGGGGACAGCAUGCGGAGAGGGAUCUCAGGAGGCGAGAAGAAGCGAUUGACCAUCGCCGAAGCACUGCUGGGUGCAAAGCAGCUCCUCCUAUUGGACGAGAUUCCCAACGGCCUCGAUUCCGCCACUGCCCACCGGAUCAUACGGUCCCUGCGCAGCCUCACGCACUUAACUAAUACCACCACCCUCAUCUCCCUGCUGCAACCGGCACCGGAAACCUUUGAGCUGUUUGAUGACGUCAUGCUGAUGUCAGAGGGGCGGAUUGUGUACCAUGGGCCCAGGGAAGAGGUGUUGGGAUUCUUCCAGGAAAUGGGGUUUGUGCCGCCCGCCCGCAAAGGAGUGGCUGACUUCCUGCAAGAGGUCACCUCGCUAAAAGACCAGGAUCAGUACUGGCACCCAUCCCAGCCCCACCCGUACCGCUACGUGUCUGUCCAAGCCUUCCAGGAGGCCUUCCGAGCCUCCAGGUUCGGCAAGCAGAUGAAAGCAGAGCUCUCCAUUCCAUUCAAGAAGGAUCGGAUCACAGUCAAGGGAGAGGAUGAGGCAAAAGAGUUGAAAGACAUGGAGGAGGGUCAGGGGAAAGACGUUGACACUGGGGGAGAGGAAGGGAACAGAGGCAAAGAGGAGGAAGGUGCGUCACGUGCACUGGCACAGCGGCGGUUUGUGCUUCCUCCUCUUGCGGCGCUCACCGUCCUGGCGGGCCGUGAGUGGCUGCUGAUGAGGCAGAACCUGCUGCUCUACAUCGUGCAGACCGUGCAGAUCCUCCCCCUCGCUAUAGUCACAAUGACAGUCUUCUGGCGCUCGCAGUUCACCAUCACGCCUCUCGACGGCAACUACUAUCUCGGAGCGAUGUUCUUCGGCAUAAUCACGAUGCUGUUCGGCGGCUUCAUCGAGAUCACGCUGCUCACGGCGCGCCUGCCCAUCUUCUUCCUCCAACGGGACAACCUGCUCUUCCCCGCGUGGGCGUGGGCGGUGCCCAUGGCGCUGCUCUCUCUGCCCGUCUCCCUCUGGUCCGCUGGGGUGUGGACCGCCAUCACCUACUAUGGCAUCGGCUUCGCUCCCGAAUUCUCCCGCUUCAUCACCCAGCUAAUGCUAUUCUUCCUCACCCACGCGGCCACGUCAGUGCUGUACCGAGCCAUGGGAGUCAUCGUCCGCAGCACCGUGCUCGUCAACACACUCAACAACGUCAUCCUCGCGCUCCUCUUCCUGCUCUCCGGCUUCAUCAUCACCCAACCGGACAUCCAUGGCGCGUGGGUGUGGGUGUACUGGCUGUCACCCCUCACUUACAUGCUCAACGCUUUCUCCACCUAUGAGUUCUCGCCCCCAGAUGGGAUGUGGUGCUUGGCCCAAGGCGCAGCCAAUGCCCAUGACCCUGAUCCGCACCACAAAGAGCACUGUGCUUCUGAUUCUCAUGCCCGUGAUGUCCCCGGUGCCCUCUCUGGUGUGGGCGGGGUGAAGCAACAUGGCAUGGUUCUCCCUUUCACCCCGCUCACCCUCUCAUUCCACAACGUCAACUACUCCGUUGACAUGCCCGCCGAGCUAAAAGACAAGGCGGGGCCGCCCGACCAGCGGCUGCAGCUGCUGCAUAAUGUGUCUGGCGUGUUUCGUCCCGGAGUGCUGACCGCCCUGAUGGGGGUGUCUGGGGCGGGGAAGACAACGCUAAUGGAUGUGCUGGCAGGGAGGAAGACCGGAGGGUACAUUGAAGGGGAUAUCCGCGUGUCUGGGUACCCGAAAGUGCAGGAGACGUUUCUGAGGGUGUCGGGGUAUUGUGAGCAGGUGGAUAUUCACACGCCCCAGGUGACUGUGCACGAGUCUCUCCUCUACUCCGCCUGGCUGCGCCUGCCCCAGGAGAUCGAUAGAGAUGUGAUCCUGAGAAGCCAUAAUGGUGUCGGGGCUAGUGACGGGGCUAGUGACGGGGCUGGUGACGGGGCUGGUGGAAUAAGAGCUGGUGAAGGGCGCUGUGGUGUGUGGGAGCGUCUUGCCUCAUCCCUGCCGAUCUGCACUGGCAGGAGUUCGUUCGUGGAGGAGCUGGUGGAGCUGGAGGCGGUGAAGGGCGCGCUGGUGGGGACGGCAGGGCGGGACGGGCUGGCGGUGGAGCAGAGGAAGCGGCUGACCAUGGCAGUGGAGCUCGUCGCCAACCCCGCCAUCAUCUUUAUGGAUGAACCCACCUCAGGCAACCGCUGUGCAUCAGAUUACACCUCCCCCUCGAGCAGCACCUGCCCAUCAGAUAACACCUAUUCCAUGGGAAAUACUCGCCUGGAUGGAUGCAAAGGCAGCGGCCAUAGUGAUGAAGGCGGUGCACAACACAGGCUGGAUGCGAGGGCAUCAGCCGUAGUGAUGAGGGCGGUGCAGAACACAGUCAAGAGUGGCCGCACAGUCAAGAGUGGCCGCACAGUCAAGAGUGGCCGCACAGUCAAGAGUGGCCGCACAGUCAAGAGUGGCCGCACAGUCAAGAGUGGCCGCACAGUCAAGAGUGGCCGCACAGUCAAGAGUGGCCGCACAGUCAAGAGUGGCCGCACAGUCAAGAGUGGCCGCACAGUCAAGAGUGGCCGCACAGUCAAGAGUGGCCGCACAGUGGUGUGCAGCAUCCACCACGCACAGUGGUGUGCAGCAUCCACCAGCCGUCCAUCCACCAGCCGUCCAUCCACCAGCCGUCCAUCCACCAGCCGUCCAUCCACCAGCCGUCCAUCCACCAGCCGUCCAUCCACCAGCCGUCCAUCCACCAGCCGUCCAUCCACCAGCCGUCCAUCCACCAGCCGUCCAUCCACCAGCCGUCCAUCCACCAGCCAUCCAUCCACCAGCCGUCCAUCCACAUCUUGGAGUCGUUUGAUGGACCAGGAGGAGAGGUCAUCUAUGCAGGAUCGUUGGGGAUGCAGUCGUGUGAUCUCAUUCACUACUUCAAGUCCAUCCCAGGGGUGCCCCAUUCAGCCCGGCGCCAACCCUGCACUGUGGAUGCUGGAGGUCACGGCGCCAGCAGCAGCAGAGAGGCUUGGAGUCGACUUUGUCCACCUGUUCCGCCAGUCAGAGCAGUUCAGGCGCUCCGGACGUGUUCUUCCCAACGCAGCACCCCACAACGCUGCUCUCCCAGUUCACAACGAACCUGUGGAAGCGCCACCGCAUGUACUGGCGCAUACCCGACUACAACGGCACCGCAUGUACUGGCGCAUGCCCGACUACAACGGCACCGCAUGUACUGGCGCAUGCCCGACUACAACGGCACCGCAUGUACUGGCGCAUGCCCGACUACAACGGCACCGCAUGUACUGGCGCAUGCCCGACUACAACGGCACCGCAUGUACUGGCGCAUGCCCGACUACAACGGCACCGCAUGUACUGGCGCAUGCCCGACUACAACGGCACCGCAUGUACUGGCGCAUGCCCGACUACAACGGCACCGCAUGUACUGGCGCAUGCCCGACUACAACGGCACCGCAUGUACUGGCGCAUGCGCGACUACAACGGCACCGCAUGUACUGGCGCAUGCCCGACUACAACGGCACCGCAUGUACUGGCGCAUGCCCGACUACAACGGCACCGCAUGUACUGGCGCAUGCUCGACUACAACGGCACCGCAUGUACUGGCGCAUGCCCGACUACAACGGCACCGCAUGUACUGGCGCAUGCCCGACUACAACGGCACCGCAUGUACUGGCGCAUGCCCGACUACAACGGCACCGCAUGUACUGGCGCAUGCCCGACUACAACGGCGCGCGCCUCUUCUUCUCCCUCAUCAUGGCUCUCCUCAUCGGCGCCGUCUUCUUCGCCUUCGGACGCACCCGCGACAUCCCGCAGCAGAUUGUGAACGUCACCGGGGCGCUGUACACAGCAGCUCUCUUCCUCGGAUGGAGCAAUCUCGCCACGAUCCAGCCGAUGCUUGCGGUGGAAAGGAGUAUUUAUUACCGGGAGCGGGGUGCCGGCAUGUAUGCAGCGAUCCCGUACGCGCUCGCGCAAGGGGUGAUAGAGCUGCCAUACCUUUCGGUUCAAGUAGGAAUUUACGCAUCAGUAACAUACUUGCUUAUUCGGUUCGAGUGGACGCCUGGGAAGUUCCUGUGGUACCUGCGGUUCCACUUCCUCACGCUGCUCUACUUGACGUGUUUCGGCAUGAUGACGAGUGCCAUCACGCCCGCUCAAGGGCUGGGCACGCUGCUCUCCGCAUUCAUCUUCUCCUUCUGGAACCUUCUCUGUGGAUUCCUCCUGCCGCAACCAGUGAAUGUGAUACUAAGAAAAUGCAUCAACAUAGUGGUAGUCCCAUGA